AUGGAUUCCAAUGGAGGAGCAGUCUACUGCACGCUUCUGUUGAGUGACAAUUAUCUUCCUGGUGCUAUGGUCCUUGCCCAUUCCCUACGCGACAAUGGCACAAAAGCGAGGUUGGUGGCGCUAUUUACGCCAGACACACUACAAUCGACCACCAUUGACGAGCUAAGGACUGUCUACGACGAGUUGAUCCCAGUGAGCUCAAUGGUAAACGACACGCCGGCGAAUCUCUGGCUCAUGGAUCGCCCAGACCUAAUUGCCACAUUCACCAAGAUCGAGCUCUGGCGCCUGACGCAAUAUCAGCGGGUCGUAUACAUUGAUUGUGAUGUCGUAGCUCUCCGAGCCCCCGACGAGCUAUUAUUACUGGAAGCAGACUUUGCUGCUGCGCCUGACGUUGGUUGGCCGGAUUGCUUUAAUAGUGGAAUGAUGGUCCUCCGACCUAAUCUACAGGACUAUUAUGCCCUAAGGGCACUCGCCCAACGAGGUAUCAGCUUCGAUGGCGCUGACCAGGGUCUGCUAAACAUGCAUUUCCGGGACUGGCAUAGGCUAAGCUUCACGUAUAACUGCACGCCAAGUGCUAAUUACCAGUACAUUCCUGCGUACAAGCAUUUUCAGAGUACCAUCAGUCUUAUUCAUUUCAUUGGUGCCCAGAAGCCGUGGAAUAUGCCGAGGCAGAUUGUCCCGCUGGAUUCCCCGUAUAAUCAGCUUCUAGGCCGGUGGUGGUCGGUCUAUGAUAGACACUAUCGUCUGGCAUUUGUACCCACCGCGCCAGUUGAGAUUGAAAAGACGGCGGUUGCCCAAGGCGAUCAAGUCCAUACCUCUCGCUCUGACCACAUCCCUCGUUCUGACACGCCUCGUUAUGACACUCCUCGUUAUGACACUCCUCGUUCUGACACUCCUCGUUAUGACACUCCUAGUUAUGACACUCCUCAUUAUGCCCAUUUUGAAACACAGCCGACGUCCGAACGGCAGACCUACCAUGUUGAAGAACCCACGAGCUUCCACGAGGAACCACACCAAGAGGAACCACACCAAGCACCGAAACCGCACCACGAACAUUCUGCCCCCGCUGAUGUACAUCACGCUGCCGUGCCUAUAUUGAGUAUGGUACCGCAAUAUGUCCGCGGAGAGGAGCAUGUUUCAACCUUUAUCCCACCAUUUUCUCUUGCGCCAAUCACUUUUGCGCCUCAACUGAGCCACGAAACAUAUGAGACACAGGUACAAACGCAGGCGCAGGCGCAGACGCAAAGCCAGACUCAGACUCAGACUCAGACCCAGACCCAGAUACACUACCCCGACGGCCAUAUCCACCAACCACAGCCGCUGGCCCCGGUCCAGCCUCCAAUUAUCGAGUAUCAAUCACCUCCAUCUCCGGUACCAGAGGUUUCGAUCUUUGAGGCACCGAGAUCCGAGUGGGAUCCCUCACGUGAGCCACCACCGGUCAACACGAAACCCGAAGGUUUUAGUUUACAACAGAAAACAUACAAUAUGUCUGAAGACACGCAUCUAUUCCAACCCCCGUCGUCCUACCCCGAGGCACCGAAAAAUAUGUGGUUUGAGAUUCCAGCCAAACCGGAGCCCAAACCUACCACUGUCUUCCCCUGGGAGAGCCAUGCUCCAAAACCCACUCGUGUCUUCGCCGAGGAGGCACCUGUGAGGAUCAUGGAAACUCCCGUGAUACCCGAGGAACCAGAACAACAUUCACUCCCAAGCGAGCCAGCUCUUCCCGGGCCCUCAUCUUCCUACACCCGGGUUCCGUUCGAACCCAGUGCCGAAUCAUGGCAAACAUACACCCGCUCCAACGCCUGGGAUGAGGACCCAGAGAUCCAGCGGUACAUCGAGACAAUUCAGGCACGGCGCACAAAAUCACAAGUGGCCAGUCCGGGAGCCCAUUCUAACAGUCCCGAGAAAUCACCCCCCACCCCAGGCUCCUGCCCCAGCACCAAGAUCACCGACUUCCCAACAGAAGUUGAGCGCCCCAGUCUGCCCGUAACGCCGGCCCCAAUCCACCGCACCAGUUAUGGGGAUGAGGCCUCCGGUACUGCCGCUCUCCCUGCUGCCGAGGGUGUGCCUAGCCAGGAGGAAUGGAAUCCCCUAGCUCAGCUCGAGGAGCUACAUCGUCGGCAUUCGGAGGUCUUGGAGCAUCCCGAGCUGCUAUUUAGUCGGCUUGCCGCUGCCUCAUACCGUGACCGUUGA